AAAAAAUGAAAAAACGAUUUCAAAAUGUGAAGGAGGGAGAUCCGGGCGGUUCCCCCCAAAUCCAUUCUAUUUCUGGCCGCCCUCUCGCGUGAUAACGUUUCAACGAACGCCCCACACCCCGCACCCCGCCCCCCGCCCCAAUUCUCCUCGUCUCACUCGCUUUAAUUCCUUCCUUUUCUUUUGGGAUGCCUCGGAGGCGGCGGUCUCAGACCCUUAAAGGUCUCGAGGCGUGUCAUUAUUGUUAGGGUUUCUCCGAGAGAGAGAGAGAGAGAGAGAGAGAGAGAGGGAGAGGGAGAGGGAGAGGAGGGCCUCGCCGUCACGCAUCUCUCCCUCCUCAAGAGAUCGAGGCCAUGGCGUCCAAGGCCUCGUCUUCGGCUUCCGCUACCAAAUCCGAGCCAUCCGCCGGCCUUCAGAUUACUGGAAUUAAAGAGGGAAAUCAUGCUUCUCAGGAUAUUUUACCAGUUAUUCAUUCCUUGAAGAAACAAAUCGUUGCUGAUCGUUUCAUAUAUAUUAAGAAAACAAUGGAAGAGAACAAACAGAAACUCAGUAGCAUCAUACAACAUCUUUAUAAUUUGUCAAAAUUCAGGAGAGAUCCGACAAUCAACAAUACUGACGUAGAUGUAAAUUUGUUAACAAAAAGGCAAGAUGAUGCACUUUGUACUCUAAAUAGCCUUGAACUCUCUGGAGGAGAAAAAGAUAGCAGUAGUUGUCAAGAAGAAAGUUCAUAUGCCUCGUCAACUGUAAUUUUAGGGAGCAACUUUGGAGGAAAGAAUGCAGUUCGACCAAUCAAACUGCCAGAAGUGCCAAAACUACCUCCAUAUACUACAUGGAUUUUCCUGGACAGAAACCAAAGAAUGACAGAGGACCAAUCCGUUGUUGGUCGCAGGAGAAUUUAUUAUGAUCGAGGUUGUGGUGAAGCUUUAAUUUGCAGUGAUAGUGAGGAUGAUGUAGUUGAAGAUGAAGAAGAGAAGAAAGAGUUUGGAAGUACUGAAGAUUAUAUUAUUCGGAUGGUAAUCCAAAAAGUUGGUUUAUCUGAUGCUGUGCUGGAUUCAUUGGCUCAGUGCCUCGAAAGGAAAACAGAUGAAAUCAGGGCAAGAUAUGAGAGCAUUAUAAAGAUAGAGAAAACUGAGGAAUGUGUUAAAAAGGGAGAAGAUGGAGUUGAUAUUAAAAUUGCAGAUGCAUUAUCAGAAAAAGAUCUGGAUGCAGCAUUGGAUUCUUUUGAUAACCUCUUUUGUAGGCGAUGUCUGGUUUUUGAUUGCAGACGACAUGGAUGUUCUCAAGAUUUAUUAUUUCCUUCAGAAAAACAACUUCCUUGGAGCAACUCAGAUGAUGACACACCUUGUGGCACUCACUGCUACAGAGUCGUCUCCAAAUCAGAGAGUAUUGCUACAAUGAAUUCACAAAUGUCGCAUGUUUUUGAAUUUCAAGCACAGUCAUCCGGUAGCGCGCGAGCAUCACUGUAUCCAAAAAAGAAAAGUCAAGGUUCUUCUGUAGGAAGGAGAGCAAAAUAUCGUCAAAGUGAAAGCGCUUCUUCUAAUGCAAGAGUUGUUUCAGAGAGUAGUAAAUCUGAAGUACAUCCACGACAAUAUAUCAUGUCUGUUAAAGUCUCUUCGCACUUGAAAAUUAACAAGGAUGGAAAAUAUGGUAUUCAAAAGAAAGACAACAAAAGAAUUGCUGAGCAGGUUCUUCUAUGCAUGCGGAAAAAGCAGAAGAAAAUGGUUCCCUCAGACUCUGAUAAAAUCGUUAGCGGACACCUCUGGCCACAUGAUAUGAAGCUUAGAUCAAAUACACGUAUUGCUUAUAGGGAUUCUAAUUCAUCCUCACAGAACAAAAUUGUGAAAUCUCCAAUUAUCAGAAGUUCCAGAAAAAAGGGACUAUCACAGCAGGACAGUAUUGAUUUAGCUUAUGAUGAGGCUCAAAAUGAUUCUACAGGUAAGAUAGUGAAGGAGUCAUUGGCCACAGAUUGUCAUGAAAGCUCAAGAAAAGAGGAGUUUGUUGAUAAGAGCACCUGCAAAUAUGAAAACACUUGUGGUAAAUCAUGGAAGGUGAUUGAGCGAAGCCUUUUUGUUAAAGGUCUGGAAAUUUUUGGAAGGAACAGUUGUCUUAUUGCUAGAAAUCUUUUAUGUGGAAUGAAAACAUGCAUGGAGGUUUUUCAACACAUGAAUUAUGUGGAAGAUAAAAAAACAUAUGGAGCUGCUGAUGGUGCAAAUUCUCUGGUUGAAGGCUAUGCCAAGACAAGAUCAAGAUUCUUGAGAAGACGAGGUAGAGUUCGUCGCUUAAAAUACACCUGGAAAUCCGCUGGUUACCAUUCCAUAAGAAAAAGAAUUACAGAGAAAAAGGAUCAGCCUUGUCGGCAGUAUAAUCCUUGUGGCUGCCAAUCUGCUUGCGGAAAGCAGUGCCCUUGCCUCGUAAAUGGAACAUGCUGUGAAAAAUACUGCAGGUGUCCAAAAAUUUGUAAGAAUCGAUUUCGAGGUUGUCAUUGUGCCAAGAGCCAGUGCCGAAGCCGUCAAUGCCCAUGCUUUGCUGCUGAUAGGGAAUGUGACCCCGAUGUUUGCAGAAAUUGCUGGAUUGGAUGUGGUGAUGGUACUUUAGGAGGCCCAAAUCAAAGAGGAGAUAAUUAUGAAUGCCGGAAUAUGAAGCUUCUCCUCAAACAACAACAAAGGGUCUUACUUGGAAGAUCUGAUGUUUCUGGCUGGGGAGCUUUCCUUAAGAAUAGUGUUGGUAAACAUGAAUACCUCGGGGAAUACACUGGAGAACUAAUUUCUCAUCGAGAAGCAGAUAAGCGUGGAAAGAUUUAUGAUCGUGAAAAUUCAUCAUUUCUUUUCAACCUCAAUGAUCAGUUUGUUCUUGAUGCACAUCGGAAGGGAGAUAAGUUGAAGUUUGCCAACCAUUCCCCUAAUCCAAAUUGCUAUGCGAAGGUCAUCAUGGUAGCAGGUGAUCAUAGGGUAGGCAUAUUUGCCAAAGAACGGAUAAGUGCAGGAGAGGAACUCUUUUAUGACUAUCGUUACGAGGCAGACCGUGCACCUGCUUGGGCUCGAAAACCUGAAGCCUCAGGGUCAAGGAAGGGCGAAACACAGCCUUCUGGCGGUCGAGCCAAAAAGCUUGCAUAAUUUGAAGGAUGCUUUGUUCUUUAGUUGCUUUGAACCUGUAACUUUUUUUUUGGUUCAUUCUUACAGAAAAAUCAUUAAUUCAAGGUAGAAAUCAUGACAUUAUCUUCUGGCGGCCGAGCCAAAAAGCUUGCAUAAUUUGAAGGAUGUUUUGUUCUUUAGUUGCAUUGAACCUGUAACUUUUUUUUUUGGUUCAUUCUUACAGAAAAAUCAUUAAUUCAAGGUAGAAAUCAUGACAUUCUCUUCUGA